AUGCCGAAAUUUAAGGGAAGAAUUAGCGAUAGAGGAAAAUGGGACGAAAAUAAAAUGAAAGAAGCUGUUAAAAAUGUGAUGGAAGGCAAGUUAUCUGUAAGACAAGCGGCAGACAGAACUCCCGAAUCGACUAGCAUUGCGCGGGCUGUUGGGUUUAACAAACCACAAGUUAGCCGUUUCUUUGGCCAGCUUAAUCACCUUCAAGAGAAAUAUAAAUUCCCUCCUUCUAGAAUUUACAACACCGAUGAAACAGGGGUAUCAAAUGUGCAUAAAAAUGAUAAAGUCAUUUCGAUAAAAGGAAAAAAACAGGUUGGUAAAUUAACAUCUGCAGAAAGAGGUCGAAACAUCACAUUAACUUUUGCGAUGAAUGUCACUGGUCAUUUCAUACCACCCCUUUUCAUUUUUCCUCGGAAGAAAAUGGAUAAGAACGGUCGCUUGAUGAUAGGAGCUCCACCAGAUAGUAUUGCUACUCCUCAAGAGAGCGGAUGGAUGAACGGUGAGGUGUUCUUCCAAUGGUUGCAACAUUUUAAACAACAUGUUCAGCCAACAGAAACAAAUCCUGUCCUCUUAAUUUUGGAUGGCCACGCUAGUCAUAAGGAGCUGGCAGUUAUAAAAUAUGCACGUAAUCAUCACAUUCAUAUGCUGAGCACACCACCUCAUACAACUCAUAAAUUACAGCCGUUGGACAGGACAUUUUUUAAACCUUUUAAGUCUGCAUUUGCAACUGCAAGUUCAGCAUGGAUGAGGCGAAAUCCUGCAGCUAGAAUCACUGACUAUGAUAUUGCUGCACUUGUGGACGAAGCCUUUAGCAGAGCAGCAAGGUUGGAUAUAGCACAAAACGGAUUCAAGUGCACAGGAAUUUAUCCAUUUAACCCUGAAAUCUUUACUGACAUUGAUUUUUUUACCAUCAAUGAUGACAGAUGUGAUGCAAGAAGUUUCUUCCAAAGAAAAUAUGGCCAAUCAGUUCUCAGUAGCACAUUCUUCGCCAGUGCCCUCCACUAG